CCAAUGGCAGAUCAGUCCAGACAUGAUGUGUUAACAGGGAGGGGAGGAAAGUCAGACUGAUAUGAGAUGAAUCGAAACUAUAAAAUAUUAUCUGACAGCAGCUCAGCAGUGAUAAAACUACACCCUUCUAUCACCCAUUAAAGAUGAUGUCCAAAUAUCAUCAGCUCAAACCAGAGGAACCAGAGGAACUCAGGAUUACACUUGUUGGAAAAACUGGAGUUGGAAAGAGUGCAGUAGGAAACACCAUCUUAGGAAGAAAAGCUUUUGAAUCUAAACUGUCCAUGUCCUCAGUGACAUCAAAGUGUAAAAAGAAAACAGGAGAAGUUGCUGGUCACAUACUGGCUGUUGUUGAUACUCCAGGUCUGUUUGACACUGGUAAAGAAUUAAAGAAGGUGAAGGAAGAGAUCGCUAAAUGUAUCUCAUUUGCUGCUCCUGGUCCUCAUGUGUUCCUGAUCGUGAUCCAGCUGGGCAGAUUCACAACACAGGAAAAAGAAAUAGUCACAAUCAUUCAGAAGAUGUUUGGAGAGGAGGCAGGAAAGUUCACCAUGGUCUUGUUCACACAUGGAGACCUGCUGCUGGAGGAGGAAGAGGUCUCCAUGGAUGAAUUAAUCAGUCAGAAUGAACCUCUCCGUGACUUCAUCAGACAGUGUGAUGGAGGAUACCAUGUGUUUAACAACAAAGACAAGAAUCUCCUUCAAGUCACUGAGCUGCUGAGGAAGAUCAACAGUAUAGUUCAGAGAAAUGGAGGAAGCUACUACACGAAUGAAAUGUUCCAAGAAGCUGAGAGAGCCAUAAGAGAAGAGGAGGAACGUCUGAAGAGAGAAAAUCCAGACAUGAAUCCCAGCGAAGCAAGAAGACAGGCAGAGAGAGAUAAUUCAUUUAUUUGGGCCGCUGGUGUUGGAGUUGCAGCUGGAGGAGGAGUAGGAGGAGUUUUGGGAGCAGCUGUUGGAGCAGGUGUUGGAUGCAUUGGAGGUGGAGUGGGAGCUGCAGCAGGAGCUAAAGUGGGAGCUGUAGCGGGAGCUGCAGUGGGAGCUGCAGUGGGAGCUGCAGCUGCAGCAGUGAAGGAGAAAGCAUGUGUUAUACAAGGAGGGUCUGACCUCAGCUCUGACCUCAGGGUGGUGCUGGUGGGUCAGGAGAGAGUUGGGAAGAGUUCAGCAGGAAACACCAUCCUGGGAAAGAAGCAGUUUGACUGUAGGUUCAGUUCCAGACCUCUGACUCUGAUCAGUGAGAAGAGAGAAGAGGAUGUUCAGGGUCAUAGAGUCUCUGUGGUCGACACCCCCGGACUCUUCAGCUCUCAGCUGUCUGAAGAGGAGAUGAAGGCAGAGCUGGAAAAAGCUGUAGAUCUGAGCUCUCCAGGUCCUCACAUCUUCCUCCUCACCAUCCAGCUCGGAAGAUUCACUGAACAGGAGCAGGGAGAUCUGGAGACUCUGCAGAAGCUGCUGAGUCCUGAUGUCUCUAAACACACCAUGGUGCUGUUCACCUACGGAGACCGACUGGAAAACACCAACAUAGAUCAGUUUGUCAGAGACGACAAGAACCUGAAGAAGCUGCUCGACAAAUGUAGCGGCAAGUACCAUGUGUUCAACAACAGAGAGAUGGAAAACAGAGAUCAGGUCAAAGAGCUGUUUGAGAAAAUAGAUUCAGUCUCUGAGGGAGGAAGAUUGUUUUAUCAGAAAAGAUCUUCUCAGUCACUGAGUUUAAUCCUCAGGGUUUACAGGAUGAUUUACCAGAGAUUCCAUUGGUUAUUUAACAUCAUCUUUUGCGUCUUCAGAUGGUUUGAGGAACAUAUAGAGCUCAUCAGGACUUUCACAGUAAAGGAGCUGAUGUUUGAAUCCCUGAUGGAGACAAACCGACAGGUGGAGCAGAGCUCAGGUGUUCAGGAAGCUUGCUCCACAGAGACAGAAGAACUCAGGAUUACACUUGUUGGGAAAACUGGAGUUGGCAAGAGUGCAGUAGGAAACAUCAUCUUAGGAAGAGAAGCUUUUGAAUCUAAACUGUCCAUGUCCUCAGUGACGUCAAAGUGUAAAAAGGAAACAGGAGAAGUUGCUGGUCACAUACUGGCUGUUGUUGAUACUCCAGGUCUGUUUGACACUGGUAAAGAAUUAAAGAAGGUGAAGAAAGAGAUCGCUAAAUGUAUCUCAUUUGUUGCUCCUGGUCCUCAUGUGUUCCUGAUUGUCCUCCAGCCAAACAGAUUCACAAAAGAAGAACAAGAAACAGUGAAAAUCAUUCAGAAGAUGUUUGGGAAAAAGGCAGGAAAAUACACCAUGGCCUUGUUCACCCAUGGAGAUGAUCUGAAGAGGGAAGAAGUUUCCAUGGACACAUUAAUUAGCCAGACUCGAUCUCUGCGUGAUUUUGUCAAACAGUGUGGUGGAGGAUCCCAUGUUUUUGACAACACAGACGGGGAUUGCUUUCAAGUCACUGAGCUGGUGAGGAAGAUCAAGAACAUGGUUCAGGGAAAUGGAGGAAGCUACUACACCAAUGAAAUGUUCCAAGAAGCUGAGAGAGCCAUAAGAGAAGAAGAGAAGCGUCUUAAGAGAGAAAAUCCAGACAUGAAUCCCAAUGAAACAAGAAGAAAGGCAGAGAAAAACAAUGCAUUUAUUCAGGGCAUACUACAGGGUGCUGGUGCUGGAGCUGCAGCUGGAGCAACUGUUGGAACAGCUUUUGGAAGCUUGGGGGCUGGAGUGGGAGCUGGGGUGGGAGGUGCAGUGGGAGCUGCUGUAGGAGCUAUAAUGGCAGUGAAGGGGAAGGCUUGUGUUAUACAGUGAUAUUCAAUAUUAAUC